AUGGCGAGCCGCCAGAAGUCCUUCUUCGACCAAGAGCACGGCGCUCGGAAAUCGCGUCCCCAAUGGCACCGUGCCCGCAGCGCAAAUGAUAUGUUCAAAAGGCCCAACCUCGACAAACGCGAACCUGCCAUGACCGGUCCUCCAAUCAGAGCGUCAUCCCAGUCAAGGAGGAAGCUGAAGGGAUUCCAAUUCAUUGAGGGUGCUCCCGAAUACGUUGACGAGAAGGAGAACAUGCCUCAGCUUGACCCUCCCAAGGACCACGAUGCUGGUGAAGAUGCCUCUGCUUUUGCUGCGCCAUCUCUCCAGCAGCCAAAGGCCUGCCCUGCGACUCCUGCCGCCCCCAGGCACCCGUUAGGUGAUAGAGACGAACCUUCAGAUUCGACCCUCAAACGGACACAUUCACCAGAUGAGAUAGGAUGGGGUGCUCCCACUCAGACCCAACACACGCCGAUUCAGAGGAAUCCCAAGAGAAAGCGGAGGAAUUCUUCGCCGGUUUCCUCCCAGCGCGACACCAUGGAGCCGCCUGCUUCGAAGAUGACGACCGAGACUCCACGAGCAGAACCCGGCCAAGCUUUACUGGCCAGAUACAGGAAUGCAUUCAACACGGAAACUCCUAGCAUGUCUAGGACUGCCGACCUCAUAGGAGAAUCGUCACCCCGUGAUGGCUCCAUCCUGGAAGAACCUGCAAGGCAGAAUGCCCCUUCCAGCUCCGAACCUAUUCCAGAACUGCCUGCUUUGCAAUCCUCAGCGCCUCCGCCAUCACCCUUGAACGGUCGUGGUAAUUCGAGAGAACCCGGUGAUGAAGGCCUACACCACGAAAAUGUGGGCGCAUCGGACACUGACACCCUGAUGCGUAAUGACUCGGGGGAUGAGUUUGGCAGUUCGGAUUUCGAUGAUGAUGAUUUUAUCGAAGCUGCCGUUGCUGCGACUUGUAGUACCCAGAAGAUGCUAGACCCGCCGUCCAGCGCUCCUGAUCACGCGCCAUCUCCGCCGCAGGUCGAUACAGCGCCACUUCCACAACCCGAUGUCACGGAGAGCAAUCCUCAUACCAAAGAUUCUGACGACUUUGGGUUUGAAGAUCUCGACGACAACGACUUCGAAGAUGCGAUCAAGGAUGUAGAUUCUCAGUUAUCUCGGCCAACAACAGCCCACGCUUCGGAGCCGCCGCCAGCGGGCCAGGGGAGGCAGGCUGUGCAAGAAGUCCAUGUUAUCCAAGAUGAUGACGACAACGACCCGUUUGAUGGCGAUGAUUUUGAUGACGAAGAUUUCGAAGAAGCUGAAAAAGCAGCCACGCAGGGAGGAGGGGUUAGCGGAAUAUCUGUCUUGGUAGUUGAGGAUGACAAAACGAAGAAGAUCAAGGCGAUUACUCUUCGGGAGGCAUGGUGCGAUACUCCCUGCACCAAGGGCUCCUACGUCCACGUCAUUGGGGCGUUCACAGCCGACGGUCAAUGCACAAUAGAUGAUGACCACAACAUGAUCAUCCUCCAUCCAGAUCAUCUCAUUUCAGCUACGACAGUCGGAGACUCCUUUAGCUGCAUGCGGAAAGCUGUAUUGCAAGAUCGCGUCAAAGCUACCAGCGAUGCAAACGAGUCUGCGAUGAUAGGCACUAUCCUGCACGAGGUGUUCCAGGAGGCAUUGAAAGAGAACCGAUGGGAUCACCAAUGGAUCGUCGAUCUGAUCCAACAUAUCAUUCCCAGGAAGUUUGAGACUAUUUUAGAGAUUGGCCUCACAGUCGAGCACGUCGUUGAUCGCUUGGUCAGCAAGAUCCCGCAUAUCCAGGCUUGGGCUAAGGUGUUCGUCAAAGCCCGUCCAGAUUCUGAUGCCGUUGUCAGAGAUCGAAACGGAAAGACGGCGCAUAUGAGCAUCAACAAGCUUCUUGAGGUUGAGGAGCACAUUUGGUCGCCAAUGUACGGACUCAAGGGCAACGUCGAUGCCUCUGUCCAAGUAUUCAUGCGGGACGAAUCUGGAGAGAGGACUCUCACUGUGCCGCUUGAGUUGAAGACAGGAAGGGCCGUGAACAUCUCACAUCAGGCGCAGACAGCAUUGUAUACACUAUUAAUGUCUGAUCGAUACGAUGUGGACGUUACCUAUGGCGUACUGUAUUACCUGGAAAGCUCCGAUACCAAGCGCAUCCCAGCCAUCCGCCGCGAGAUUCGCCAGAUGAUCAUUCAAAGGAACGAACUCGCCUGCUACGUUCGCGAGCGAUUACAGCUUCCACCGAUGACAGCAGACUCUCAUCAGUGUAACAGGUGUUAUGCUCAGGACACGUGUUUCCUGUACCACAGACUUGCAGAAGAUGGUGCUGUCCCGCACCAGGACUUCUUCCGGAAGUGGGACUAUCUUCUGACCAGGGAAGAGUCGGAGAUGAAAAGAUUCCAUCGUGAACUCUGGACAAUGCUAAGCGAUGAGCGUGAGAAGCUGGGUAGAUGUUUCGCGAAUGUCGUGGUUGAACCCGGUUCUUUCAGGGAGUUGCCAGAGGGGCAGAAGAUUAAUCGCUUCCAGUACAACCUCGUCAAGCACAACGCUCCUGCUGGAUUCUCUUUCACAGAGUCUCAGAUCGUUGUCGGCGAACCUAUUGUCAUCUCAGAUGAAAAGGGUCACUUCGCCUUGGCUAACGGCUACGUCAUCUCGGUUCGAAAGCUAUCGAUCACGGUGGCCGUAGACAGGCGCCUCCACAAUGCCCGCACCAGGGAGCCAGAUUUCCACCCGGAAAACAACCAAGCGUUUGCAGGUCUUAUGGACGCCACCACUGGGAUGGUUGCGUCGUCGAAGCGUGCUGGAUACGAGGACGAACCGAUUCUCUACCGCCUGGACAAAGAUGAGUUCAGUAACGGCAUGGCUCUGUCGCAGUCUAUGGUCAUGAAUUCGGACCAAGAGGCUGCGGUGGAUAAAGUGUUCUCCGCAGAAGACUACGCUCUCGUUUUGGGCAUGCCUGGAACGGGCAAGACAACGACUAUUGCACAUAUCAUCCGGUCCUUAGUCGCAAGAGGCAAGAGUGUUCUCUUGACGUCUUACACGCACACCGCUGUGGACAACAUCCUGCUCAAGAUCCGCAACGAUGGCAUUGGUAUCUUGCGCCUUGGCGCUGCAGCUAAGAUCCACCCGGAUGUCCACGAGUUCGCAACGGACCCUCCGGUUGUAGCGACCACUUGCCUGACUAUCAAUCAUCCAAUCUUCCGUCGCCGCCUGUUCGAUUACUGCAUAGUCGACGAGGCGUCUCAAAUCACCCUGCCUCUGCCGCCGCUUGUCCAAAACAAAGAAGCUCAGGAAGGCGGGCUUGAUGUCAGCUUGUUCAAGCUAUUGUCGGAAGGCCAGCCUGACGCAGUUGUUAGCCUAGAGCAUCAGUAUCGCAUGUGCGCGGACAUCAUGUUGCUCUCCAACACGCUCAUCUACGACGGCCGGCUCAAAUGUGGCAACGACUCAGUCGCUAAUCGCGCACUCACUGUGCCAAACAUCGACGCUCUUGAGCGCUACCAUUCCUCUGCUCAGCCUCAGCGCAACCGCUCCAGCACCCCGUUCAUGACGCCGCGUGAUGCCGCUGCCGCGUGCGCCGGCCACGAUUCAAGCAGCUGCUGGCUCACCCACACCCUCUCCCCCUCCAACAAAGUCGUCUUCCUCGACACGGACGCCCUCUCACCCGCAUCGCAAGAAACGCUCUCCUCCGGCAGCCGCAUCGUCAACGCGCUCGAAUGCACCAUCACCUUCCAGGUCGUCGAAUCGCUGCUCGCGGCGGGCAUCCCCGCGUCGGAAAUCGGCGUCAUCACCUUCUACCGCUCGCAGCUGGCGCUGCUCCGCCACGCGCUGCGCCACCGCGCGCCGGCGCUCGAGCUGCACACGGCCGACAAGUUCCAGGGCCGCGACAAGGAGGUCGUCGUCGUGUCGUGCGUGCGCAGCAACGAGGCGUGCCUCGUCGGCGACUUGCUGCGCGAUUGGCGCCGCGUCAAUGUUGCGGUGACGCGUGCGCGGAGUAAGCUCGUUGUUGUGGGGAGCAAGCGCACGCUGGGGGGGAGUGGGGAAAAGACGCUUAAGGGGUUGGUGGAUAUUUGCGAGGAGAAGGGGUGGGUGCGCAGUUUUAGGGCGGGUGAGCUGGAGGCGCAUGUCUUUGAGGAGUGGGGGGCGACGCAGACGCAGCGGACGAGCGGCGGUGAUGGUAGUGGCGCUCAUUCGGCGGCGGUUGGGAGGCAGAGCCCGGUGAGGAAGGUGGCGAGUCCGAGGAAAAUGGCGAGGAGUCCGAAGAAGAUUGGCCCGUUGAGGCCGCGGGAUGCGAAUGCGGCUGCCAAGUCGAUGGCUGGGAGUCCGGUAAAGAAGAGGGUGUUGGGGGAGAGUAACGGGAAUGGUGGUCGUGGUGGUGGGGGAGGGAGGUUGAAGCUUCCGGAGAAGAGAGGAAGGGUGGGACAGAAAGUGCUGCUGAGCAACAAGCCGGUGUUGAGGGAUAUUGUUAACGAGGUGUUGGAUGAGGAGUUGUGA